UUUGUUGAGCGGAGUGGGCGGAGCGGAGCGUCGGCUGAGCGGCGCUGCUCUCAGAGGCUCGGCCGGCCUGUAGUGAGCGGAUCCUCCGGCUGAGAGACUCAGAGAGAGAGGCGGAGAGAGAGAGGGAGAUAUAUCCGGGGUAGAGGAGCUCUUCUGUCGGAGACCGAGCCCCAGCCCGAGUCCGGCCAUGGACGAGCACGCAGGGCCCGGCGUCUUCUUUAACAACAACAACAGCAGCAGUCCGCUGCUGCAGGCGGGAGGCAGAGGAGCGGCGGCCGACAGCGACGGCGGGGAGGCGGGCAGAGCGCAGUACAGCAUCCCGGGGAUCCUGCACUUCCUCCAGCACGAGUGGGCCCGGUUCGAGGUGGAGAGAGCGCAGUGGGAGGUGGAGAGGGCCGAGUUACAGGCUCAGGUUGCCUUCCUGCAUGGUGAGAGGAAGGGUCAGGAGAACCUUAAGAAGGACCUGGUGAGGAGGAUAAAGAUGCUGGAGUAUGCGCUGAAGCAGGAGAGGGCAAAAUACCACAAGUUAAAAUAUGGAACAGAGCUAAAUCUGGGUGAAAUGAAGGCACCAAGUUUUGACUCUGAAGAGGCGAACGAGAAGGAGACUUCUGGCUCUCUAAACAACCAGCUCUCCUGGAAGCAAGGACGGCAGCUGCUCAGGCAGUACCUGCAGGAGGUGGGCUACACGGACACAAUUCUGGACGUCAAGUCUCAGAGAGUGAAAGCCCUGCUGGGUUUAGCGGGUGACGGCACAGGUGAUCGGUCCGGUCAGGAGCCGCUGCUUAACGGGACGGACACUGCACCCAAGGGAGCUAACACAGCAGGGAAAGUGGAGCUGUCUGACUCGAGCUCUGUGCUGGAGGCGUUUUUCAUUGAGAACGCUGCCGCUGAAUUCAGCGAUGAGGACGAUGAGGAAGACAGUGAGGGGAAAGAAAAGACCAUUGUAGAUUCUAGAACGAUUGUGAGGAAGAAGCCUUCGUCGCCUUUCUCUCCCACACAUGUAGGUGAUGAUCCCGAUGCAGAGGAAGCUCUGAAGGACUUUGACUUCCUGUCCAACACUGAGGACAUGGACACCUCACCAGAGUCCAGGAGCGCAGGGGAUGGCACAGACUGGGAGAAGGACAGGCAGGCCUGGGACGUGGACCAAGGCCUGAUAACCAAACUCAAGGAGCAAUACAGAAAGGAGCGCAAAGGCAAAAAGGGGGUGAAGAGGCCGAACCGUACUAAGCUGCAGGAUAUGUUGGCUAAUUUGCGGGACACAGAGGAGCCGUCUUCCCUGCAGCCGUCCAUCACGCCCCCGCCUCGGCCCAACGCUAACCGCUUCAAUGAACAUGACAGCAGCCACACUGAUGAAGGUGCUGUACCUCCAGUAGAGGCCAUCACCUUCCCCCCCUCCUCAGGCAAAGCCUUCAUCAUCGGGACAGAAGAGGCCAUGGAGACGGGGGAGCUGGGACUGGGCGAGCUGGCGGGCCUGACUGUUGCCAAUGAGGCUGAUAACCUGGCGUAUGAUAUCUCAAACAACAAGGACGCUCUGCGCAAGACAUGGAACCCCAAGUUCACGCUGCGCAGCCACUUCGACGGCAUCCGGGGCCUGGCGUUUCAUCCUGUAGAACCUGUUCUCAUCACAGCCUCUGAGGAUCACACGCUUAAGAUGUGGAACCUGCAGAAAACAACCCCUGCCAAAAAGAAUGCCUCGUUGGAUGUGGAACCCAUUUACACCUUCAGGGCUCACAGGGGCGCUGUGCUGUGUGUGGUGAUGAGUAACACAGGAGAGCAGUGUUACAGCGGUGGACUGGACGGCACCAUUCAGUGCUGGAACACACCCAGUCCCAACAUCGACCCCUAUGACUCCUACCAGCCAUCAGUCCUUCGGGGGGCGCUAUGUGGACACACAGAUGCAGUCUGGGGUUUGGUCCACAGCAGUGCUCACCAACGCCUAUUGUCCUGCUCGGCUGACGGGACGGUGCGGUUGUGGAACGCUUCCAACCCUCAGGCGGCACUCGCUGUCUUCAAUGAAAACAAGGAUUUAGGCCUGCCCUCUUCAGUAGACCUGGUCUGCAGCGAUCCUGCUUACAUGGUGACUUCAUUCAACAACGGGCGAAUAGGCCUCUUUAACAUGGAGACCCGGCAGCAGGUCCUUAACAUGGAGUCCACUGUUGAGUCUGGGGCAUCCUGUCAGAUCAACAAAGUGCUGAGUCAUCCCACUCUCCCCAUCACCAUCACUGCUCAGGAGGACCGCCACAUCAAGUUCUACGACAACAACACAGGAAAAUUGAUCCACUCCAUGGUGGCCCAUUUGGACGCCGUUACGAGCCUCGCUGUGGAUCCAAAUGGACUGUAUUUGAUGUCUGGGAGCCAUGACUGUUCCAUCAGGCUCUGGAACCUAGAGAACAAGACCUGUAUCCAGGAGUUUACAGCUCACCGCAAGAAGUUUGACGAGUCCAUCCACGACGUGGCAUUCCAUCCGUCCAAGUGCUACAUCGCCAGUGCCGGAGCUGACUCCCUUGCUAAAGUCUUCGUAUGAGGGGGCAAUGGCCAGCAGGCCUCCCACUAGCCCAGCCCACCGGCAUAGACUGGCCAAUGGCAGAAAGCCGGUGGUAGGCUGGAGCGGGUAGUGGUCCGCCCUGCUCCCUGACCUCCACCCCUCCUCUCCUGUUUCCAAAUGGUUGUGAGUUUAGCAGCUCCUCAGCUUUCCAAGACUGAUCAGACUGUGGCAGUCUGUGGCCGGACAGGAGAGGGCACUGUUCAGGGUGAAUCGGUUCCCCAGUUACCUCCUCUCUCUACAACAAUCCAGGCAGGCCUGGGUGCACAUGGUCUUUGUGGCACAAAGGCGACUGUGCCACAAAGGCGACUGUACAACAGACACUUCCACAAGCAGGAACCAUAGCCAACCACAGGCGUAAACAAAAACGGCAGAGUCUGGGCCCAAGCACUUUUCAGCCUGAAUAGUAGUGUUUACUGUGUGUGGCUGUUGUGUAGAGCUAGCGACACUCCUGUCUCUCCCAGUCUUCCCACUCUCCCUCUCUCCCUCCAUCCUUCCCUCCCUCCCUCCCUCUAUUCAGCUCCUCCAAGUGCGGUAUUUAGUCAACUCCUCAGCCCUGACUGAGGAAUUCUGGGAAGGCGUGGAGUGAAGGAGAUGCUAGUUUCAGGUCGUCGUGGUGGAUUUUCUCUUCCGCUUACUGCUUCCACCACAGAUGAUAUGCCUACUUUUCGUUUAGUUUUUUUUUUUGUUUGUUUGUUUUGUUCUUCCUUUUUAAAUGUUCAUUGACAAAAUGUGCCUUUGCUUCAGAAAGGUCUUGAAAUGUUAUUUUACCAAGCUUAUUUUUUCCUUUGUGAGGGGUUGGGAAAAGGGGUAGGACAGUAUUGUCCAUUUUAACCACAUAGUACAUUGGAUGUAUAAUUACAAAUGCGUAUUAAUAAAGAAAUUUAUUAUUAUAUAUAUCCACUCUUAAAUCUUAACAUUCA